AUGCCAACCUGCGAUAGGUGUCAUUAUUUGGUCCAUGACUCUCGCGGUGUUCCAAUUGCGCAUCCCUCCGUCGAGGCGAUCGCGGACUCGAUUGCAGAAUCUCCCUUUGCCAGGAACCAUGUCUACCAUGUCGUUGACGCAGCAGAUUUCCCCAUGUCUGUCAUUCCUUCGAUCUACAAGCAUUUGUCUCUGGCGCAUCCGCGCACGCAGAAUCGCCGGUCUCAACACUCCUUCUCCUCCAGACCAUCUCUUUCAUUCCUGAUCACCAGGUCCGACCUCAUCGGCCCCACCAAAGAGAUAGUCGACAGCAUGAUGCCCAAAUUCAUCGAGGUCUUGAGGACUGCGUUAGGUCGCAUGGGACGGAAUCUUAGGCUCGGGAACGUUCAUUUGGUCUCGUCCAAGCGAGGAUGGUGGACGAAAGACAUCAAAGAAACCAUCUGGCACAGAGGUGGGGGCAAUUGGCUGGUUGGAAAAUUCAAUGUGGGCAAAUCCAACUUAUUCGAGGUGCUGUUUCCCAAAGGUGCGCACAAUCCAGCUCCUUCACAGAAAGGGCUCCAACGACAGAAGGGGGUCGAGGCCGCCAGUAAAGGCUCUGACACCUCGUUUUUGUCGGAAAAGAACUUGCUUCCCCCUCCUCAGCCCGAAGUUGCUUUCCCAACCAUGCCAUUGGUGUCCAGUCUGCCGGGCACCACCGCUUCCCCGAUUAGGAUCCCGUUUGGCAAUCACAAGGGAGAGCUAAUUGAUACGCCGGGUCUGCAACGUGGUGGGCUUGACCGGUUCGUCAAACCCGAGGAUAGGGCUGAUCUCGUCAUGGUUCAUCGCCCCACGGUGUUCCAACAUGUUGUCAAACCUGGCCAGUCCUUACUCUUAGGAGGUGGCCUAAUCCGAAUAACACCUCUUCUGAACGAGCAUGACCGCAGCACCACCAUGCUGGCAUACCCCUUUGUGCCGCUCAAGGCUCACGUCACUUCGACCGCAAAAGCAGAGGGAACACAAAUCCAGCAGCGGGAGAGUGGCAUAGAGUCGAUCCUGGCAGAGGAGGCAGGAAUGUCCAUUUCGUCAGCUGGGCGGUUCAAGCUACAGACUGAUGUUACGAGGUCCAGGGCAGGGUCAAUGAUCAGGGCCGGAGUCAAACCGAACAAGUUGCCAUUCCAUGUCUAUGCAACAGACAUCCUUAUCGAAGGAGUUGGCUGGGUGGAACUGGUCUGCCAAGUGCGAAAGAGUAAACAAACGGUCCCAGCAGGUGGUCCUCCGGGAGGUUCUACUGAGUCAGAUACUGUCGCUCCGACCGCGGAAGGCCUUUCCAUCGAGACAAGCACUUUUGUUCCCUUUGGCGGAGAACAGGCGGCCUACAACCAGACAGCUCUCCCACCCUUGGAUUUUCCCGAAGUCGAGAUCUUCACGCCUGGGGGGAAGUUCAUUGGCCAAAGAAUGUGUCUGGACGUGUGGCAAACGUGGGAUACAGGCAAACCCCAAAAGGCGGGGCGACGUGCACGACCCCGUAAGCCUAUGGCUGGAGCAAAGAAGCGAGACAAAAUCGCACGAAGGACAGCCGGGAAACCCUGA